CAGUAGCAGACGCCAUCGCCAGUUGUCAGUAAAAGCGAGAAUAGUUUUCUGUCUGCUACUUGUCGUCCACAUGAAACCAUCGGGAAUUCAAAAUUAUUUAAAUUAAAAUAGUUUCUGUACUUACCAGUGUUUUAAAUUUCUACGAUGUUUAAAAAACCUUUUAAAGUGAAGUCUAAUUCUCAGCUUAAAGGAUCAGACAGGCGAGCCUCUCCCCCAAUCAUUAACACAUAUAGGUGAAUUCCUCAUACGAUGCUGUCUCCUGACUGGGCAGACAUCGCCUUAGACUGCUCAUCCAUUGAUCACACCUAAUGGUCUACCCAAUUAAAACCCUGUAGUAGGUAGUUGUACACUUGACUCCCAUUCUCCAGCUUUUUCAGGAAGAAACUGAGAGGAGAUAUUCUCCAACAGUUUCCCAGUCUGACCGAAGAUGCUCUUAACUUGAUAUUACCAAAUAAAGAAACCAUAUUUCAAUUGAAGAUUCUUUCGCACAGUGGGGACAUUGUAGUCGUGUAUACUGUACAAAAGUUGCCCAUUGUGUUUCAACUGGACAAGAUAAUGUUUCCAACAGUAUACAUGCUAUGGCAUGUCCCCGACUUACUUUAUACUUUUACGACUCAUCCUCAGGUGUUUCCAAUCAUCACGGGAGGAGCAGAUCUCAUGUUGCCAGGAGUUGUUCUGCCGGAAGGAGCGGGAGGUAUUCACAUGUACGGCAGACUACAGAAGAACGACAGAGUGGCAAUUAAUCUGACCAGCAACAAGGCACCCAUAGCUGUCGGAAAAGCUGCAAACUCCAGUCAUGAUAUGUACAUGUGUGCUAGGAGAGGGAAAUGUGUAGAAGUACUACAUUACUACGGAGACCAACUCAGUAUUUACGGAACGAAACUAGUUAUUCCAGAACUAGGUCCUCCGGGUGCUCCUGCUGAUGAGGCGGAAGUUUCUGAUCCUGAUAUUUUAUCGCAGGAAACUGAAAAGCUUUCUGUUGAAGAUGGUGAAGCCAAUCAAGAACCUACAGAAGUGCCACAACAAAGCACUUCAGAUACAGAAAAGGAGGCAGAUUAUGAUAAGGAAAAUGACAAUAUAAACACAGUUUGUUCAACCACAUCAAUGGACGAUCUGCUUAGGUAUUGUUUCUUAAAAUCUUUAAAGACGACUAUGAAAAAAGUAGAGUUACCCUUAUUAACGAGCAAUUUCUAUAAAAUUCACAUGAUCCCCUGCUGUCCCAAAGGUAACAUUUUGGAUAUCAAGAAAUCUAGUUACAAAAAACUUUCAAACUUUUUAGAAGCGAUGGCUAAACAAGGAGCGAUUCAACUUGAGUCCCCUCAGAAAGGAGUUCAAUGCAUAUCAAAAAUAGAUUAUAAUUGUGAUUUAAUUAAAGACUUUGUGGACCGUGUUGAUAAUGAAGAUGAGUCAAGCCUCUCAGUUGAUACAACACUCACAAAUAAAUCAUCUGUACCUGAAAUCACAGAAAAAUAUACUGUUACUGCUGCUGUCCUACCACUUUUCUACAACUAUGCCUACAAGAAAAAAGAUGCUGUAACUGCUGAAGUGGUUCGUAAAGUAACAACAGACUACGUCAGGACGAGUAAUCUUCAGAGUUCUGACAACAGAAAAGAGGUGAUUCUGGAUGAAACCUUGAGGAGUGCCACAAAUUCCAACAGCGAAGUCCAAUCCUUGCCUUGGGACCAACUAAUGGCAGCUGUCUUCAAAAACAUGGGUCAUUCUUUCAAAGUUGAAAUGAGUGGGAAUGAAAUUGCUCAAAGAGGAAAACUGCCACCAAUAGACAUUCAAGUUGGGACUAGAUCUGGAAAUAAAAAGGUAACUCUAGUGAACAACCUGGAGCUGUAUGGCAUCAACUUGACGGAGUUUUCAAGGGAGUGUCAGCACGGUGUGGCUGCUAGCACGACUAUCAACUCCUUACCCUCCGCCAAGAGUAGUCAACUACAGAUACAGGGCAACCAAGUGAAUUUUGUGGCCAAGAUACUCACUGAAAAAUACCAGAUCCCAAAAAGAUACCUUCGAGGGACAGAAAAUGCUCCAAAGAAGAAAAAGUAAGAGACAAAUAACUGGUGGGACUGUUUCUUGUUCUUGAACCUGCAGACUAAGCGAAUUUUCAUUUACCUGUUUGGAUUUUCACUAAAAUAUUUUCCAAACAAUUUCAGAUGCUAUUCCCUAUUUAAAUAACAUUAGGGUUACUGAGUACCUAAUGUUAUAAAUAAAUAAAUAUACAUUUGAAAUGGUAUUUUUAGUUUCUGGGGACAUAAAAACAAAUAAAAAUUCAGUCCCGGUUCUAGGUCUUACAAUGAGACCUACGGUAAUAGCUUAUUCCCUGUAUGGGGGAGUCGCUAACAGGCUAAAUACAAUAUUUAGUAUUUUACAAUAGUCAAUGGCAAAAUUUACCAUAGUUUAUAAUUAAUUAAUUAAUAUAAAGUACAGUGUGUUAAAAAAAGUACCGGAACAGGUUAAUAUAUUUUUUAAACCUACCUUUUUAAGCAGUUAUAAAUUUUCCUCUCCUCUAGGGGGGCGUCCCACAAGGAGUAAGAAGAAAAUCUUUAAUGUAAGCAUUUUAACACACUGUAUAUAAGUCAUAGAAAUAUACAACACAGUUUUCAUGCUCCUUUGUUCACGAAUAUAACAACUGAUUGUACAAAAAGACUACAAACGUUUUUAUACAUGAUCCAAAAGUGUGUUUUAGUUAUAGGCCUACUUUUUUUAAAUUCAAAUGUACAUAUAUACUGUUAUUAUUUUUUAAUUGAUUAUCCACCAUGUUAAAAUCAUUCAGCCACAAUUGUAUUAAAAAUAAAAAAAUAUUUUGAUAUCAA